GUGCAGCUAGCGUCAGUUAGCUGAGUUUCCCUCGUAGACCGUUAAAGAAAAGUUUACAGGUUUAUUUGCUUGUUAUUCAGCUAAUUUACUAUCGUUAAUGUUUUUGUGACGUCACUCUCCGUAGACAUGGACACCACAAUGUUUCACCUGAGGUCGUUUGUUCAUCAGCGGCUGUAUACAGCGGCAGAGGAGAUCCUCGGAGAGGUGGAGAAAACUAUAACAAUAGCUUUGUACGAAGCCGAAGUUAGUCAAUCUAAAGAGGAGGUUGGAAGUCUGCGACACCAGCAAACGAUAGACCUUCGAAAGGAAUCAGCAGCUGCCGAGCCUUCCCUGACCAUCAGCUCAGUGGGACGUGGAGAUGAAUGUGAUGCCCCACUGCUGCGGGAGAACACUGGUCCCUCAACACCAGAAGAGGACAACUUCAGUCUUGGUGCUGAGGUGCAGGGACCCUCUCAAACCAGUGGAGAUCUGGACGAUAGUAACUGGAACGACUGUUUGGUUCAAACAGACUUUAAGAUGUUAGAGAUAAAAGAAGAACAGGAGGAACUGGAUGACAGUCAAACACAAGAGAUGGUUUUUCCUUCUUCCGAAGUUGUGAAAAGCGAGCAAGAUCUGCUAGAGACACAACCAUCAUAUGAAUUGCAGACAGUUUCUUCAGAUUGCUCUUCAACUCAGAGUGAGAACAAUGACAGUGAUGAGGAGUUGGUUACCAGCAAAGGAGGACAGACCAUAACAAUGAAAAGGAAAGGAACGGAACGCAGUUUUUGCCAUUUUUGUGGCAAGGGAUUUCAGUACGUUGGCUCUUUGAUGAAGCACAUAAAAACACAUGAGAACAAUUUUGAUUGCACGGUUUGUGGGAUGACAUGCCAGUCAACAGAGCAGCUGAUAACGCAUGUGAAAAGUUGUCAUAACAGAACACAUAUCUGUGAUGUUUGCGGCAAGACUUUUCCCAAUAUCCGUUGUCUCCGGCUGCAUGAAAAAGUACACAAUGGCGUGAAAGAGUUUGUCUGUCAAGAAUGUGGUAAGACAUUUUACCGACGAGAUCAUCUGAUUGUGCAUGUGAGAACCCAUUCUGGGGAGAAACCUUAUCACUGUGAUAUAUGUGGAAAAUCAUUCAGUCAGAGCCAGAACCUCACAAUUCAUAAAAGAAGUCAUUCAGGGGAGAAACCGUAUCAAUGUGGCCUGUGUGGCAAACUUUUUAAUACUAGCAGUCAUCUCAAAACACACAUGAGAUACCAUUCAGGAGAAAAGCCAUAUUCAUGUGAUAUUUGUGGUAAACAUUUUCGCCAAAGCGGACAAAUGACUAGACAUAGGACCACACACACCGGAGAAAGGCCAUAUGGCUGCCAUGUGUGUGGUAUGAGAUAUAGGUUUGCACCUAAUCUGAAGGUGCACCUGCAAAUUCAUGAAAUGGCAGCCUCUGAGUGAAAAAAGUUACAUAACCAGAUGGCCAUCUCAGAGCUCAAAUACAAAUCAUAUAUAUUGGUAAGUUAAAUUUAUUUUGAAGAGUAAUUGAAAGAGUUAAUUUACUUAUCAGAAAAAAACCUCUAAAUAUGUUCAUAAAUUUCUUUAGUUUUCUGAUUCUGGAUAUAAUUUAGACUGCUGUAAUAUGUUGGCACUUAUCAAGAUGGUUAUCUGAUCCAGACAGGUAAUAAAAAAACUUUCACUUUGACCAUCAGACUGCAGAGCAAAAUCUCUGGAGCUGCACUUUUCAUAUGUUUUUUGUAUACUGUUUCAUGUAUUUGUUUUAAUGGUAUAACCAAAUUUCCACAUGGGGGGACAAUAAAGUGUGCCGGGGAUUACUUGAAUGGCAUGGUCCUUCAAAUCAAACAGAACUUUAAAAAUGUUUUCUUGGUAUUCCGCAACUACGAUUCCCAUGAGGCCUCUCGAAAGCAGUUCUUAAAGACUAAUGGGAUAUUUUAUUGAAUUCAACAAAAAUAA